ACCAGGAAGAACCAAGGACGUGACGCUAAUUCUUCUAUGGUACACGGUAGCUGUAUUUGACGAUAUCAUAACUGUGGUACUGUGAUUUUGGCUGGAUCCCUAACAGUCGAAUGUGACUGUGUUGCUGGUUUCGAGAGCAAUAAGAGAGGCAGUCAGGAUGAGUGGGGCUGCGCUGGGCAUUGAGAUAGUGGUGGUGUUCUUCCUGGCUCUGUUCCUGCUACAUCGCUAUGCAGACUUCCGUAAGCAGCAGAGGAUGGUGCUGUUUGGCACUUUGCUGGCCUGGUACCUGUGUUUCCUCAUCGUCUUCAUUCUUCCUCUGGACAUCAGCACGACAAUCUACAAGCAGUGUAAGAUUGAUCAUGAAGAACAUGGCUCCGUAUCCCUGGUGACCCCACUGAUAUCCAAUCAAACUGCAGGAAACUCCACUAUGGCCACACCCACUAAAAGUGUUCCAAAGGUGUGUUACAAGCCGUGGAGCUACAUUCCGGAUGGAAUCAUGCCUGUGUUCUGGAGGGUUGUUUACUGGACCUCUCAGUGUCUCACCUGGCUGCUGCUGCCCUUCAUGCAAUCCUAUGCACGCUCAGGGGGCUUCUCUAUCACUGGGAAAAUAAAGACGGCACUGAUAGAGAAUGCCAUUUAUUACGGGACAUACCUGCUCAUCUUCGGAUCGCUGCUUAUCUACGUUGCCGUUCACCCUCAGUGGCACCUCUCCUGGUAUGAGCUCCAGACAAUAGGCAUCACUGCAGCCAACACCUGGGGCCUGUUCCUGCUGGUGCUGUUGCUAGGUUAUGGCCUAGUAGAGAUUCCGCGCUCAUAUUGGAACGCCUCGCGGCAGGGACACCUGCUCAUCAAGACCUACUUCAAGGCAGCCAAGCUGAUGACAGAGAAGGCUGAUGCAGAGGAGAAUCUAGAGGACGUCAUGGAGGAAGUGAGAAAAGUCCAAGAAUCCAUCAAGUAUAACCACCCACUGAGGAAGUACAUCGAUACUAUUCUUAGAAAGUGCCCUGUGGAGUACCAGGAGAAGAUGGGCAGAAACAUUGAUGACUAUGAGGACUUUGAUGACAAACAGAACACCUAUCCUAGUGAAAAGAACCUGGUGAAGCUUCACAAACAGGUGAUCUACGCAGUGCAGAGGCACAACAGGACCCAUGUCCAGUGGCAGAUCCUCCUGCAGCAGGCUAUGCACCUGGAGGACGUGGCCAAGAAUGAGACCAGCUCAGCCCACCAGUUUGUUCACAGCUUCCCCUCCACAGAACCAACUAGCUGGCUCAGCCCAUACUUAUACACUCCUACUGUAGAGUGGUACUGGGAGUGCCUGCUGAGACAGUGGUUCUACCGUCUGCUGGCUGUGUUGCUGUCUUUGUUCUCUGUGGGUGUGGUGUGGUCUGAGUGCACCUUCUUCAGCACCCGGCCCGUCCUCUCACUCUUCGCUGUCUUCAUCCAGCUCGCUGAGAGAGACUACAACUACUUGUACAUCGAGAUGGCGUGCUUCAUCACCAUCUUCUUCCUGUGUACCUGCGUUUACUCCACUGUGUUCCGGAUCCGAGUGUUCAACUACUACUACCUGGCCUCACACCACCAGACUGACGCCUACAGCCUGCAGUUCAGUGGCAUGCUGUUCUGCCGUCUGACCCCUCCUCUGUGUCUGAACUUCCUGGGUCUGAUCCACAUGGACUCUGCCAUCUCCCACCAACUGAAGGAGCAGACGGCCUACACCUCUAUCAUGGGUUCUAUGAGGGUCCUAUCGUUCAUCGCUAAUGGCUUCUAUAUCUACUACCCCAUGCUUAUAUUGCUGCUUUGUAUUGCUACCUACUUCAGCCUGGGUACCCGCUGUCUGAACCUCCUGGGCUUUCAGCAGUUCGUGGGAGACAAUGAAAUGACCUCUGACCUGAUUGAUGAAGGCAAGGAGCUCAUUCGACGAGAGAAAAGAAAGCGCCAAAGGACAGAGGAUGGAGAGAACCGGCGAAGGGAGUGGAAGGAGCGUUAUGGUAACACUCGGGAAGACACUGCCAGGAAUAGGAAUAGAAGUGAAGCCGCAGAAAUGACGGAGACCAACUACUCUGAUACUGUGCCUAUCCCGAACACUAGCCCUAACAGACAGGCAAAAUACUCUCGGACUGGCAGAGGAACAGAGAGAGAUUCUAUAGAACUUCUCGAUGACGCAGAGCCUUUGGACUUCAAUGCAGAGACUCUUUCAGACGACCCUCUUGAAGCAGACUCCACCAGGCAUGUACCAGGCAGGUACCUGUCCAUGUCCUCGUCACGGAGCAGAAUCUUUGAUGAUGUUUGAGAAGAGUAGCGAGGGAGAGUCGAAGGAACAGGAAAGCUAAAUAUUGCACAUGAAUUUAUCCUCCACUCAUCCACCUUGCAGGGAAGACAAUAGGAAGGAGAGAGACUCUCAGACUCUGUGAAUGUAGCACGACCUCUUAUCUUCCACUCCACUGUUGGCAUGAUGUAUCUGCUGCUCCUUGUCUCCAAUAGCUUGUCUUCUGUCAGAACACUCCAGUGGCUGUUGAUAUACACUUCCCUAUUAGACCGAUAGCUGUCCUCCCCUGUGCAGCAUGUCAUGAAUGCAGAUCCGUACCCCAUUUGGGCUCAUCACUGUUUCUCAUCCGUUAAACCACUUCGUCAUUUCUGUUAUUACUUAUACAUGAAUUUCCAUUCAAGGUCCUCUUCCUGUGGUAUCCCCUGUGAUCUUUACAAUGGAUCUUACCUCAAAAAUCUGGUUGAUGGGCUGAUUACAUUGUUCAUCAUUUUGAUGAGAAGAUAAGUAAUUACUACUAAUUUAAGGAUAUUUUUGGAGGAAGACUUAUUUAAAAGUCUUAACCCACGAAAAGUUAUUAACUUUCUACUUAUCUGUCAGCAAAAUAGAAAUAGUGGGAAAAAGUAUCAAUGUUUCAAUGGAGCGGCAGGUAGCCUAGUGGUUAGAGCGUCGGACUAGUAACCGAAAGGUUGCAAGAUCGAAUCCACGAGCUGACAAGGUAAAAAUCGGUCAUUCUGCCCCUGAACAAGGCAGUUAACCCACUAGGCCGUCAUUGAAAAUAGGAAUUUGUUCCUAACUGACCUGCCUAGUUAAAUAAAGGUUAAAAAAAAAAAGAAUUAGUCUUGUGUUGCCAGUCUUGUAUUAUCCUGGUAUAUGGACGGAAGGACAGUUGCUUAGGUCUGUUUCGGAAGCUGCUACCAUAGAAACUGAGUGUACUGUAUUUAGACCUUUAGUUUAAUGUGCAAUCUAUGUGAUCCAGCCCACACUGAGUUAACUGAAUUAACAGUGUUUGUACUGCCCAUAGAUCCUGCCCUGAUGUUCUUAUCGUUCACUUGAAUUGAUGUGAGAUUUGUGCAAAUCGGAUCUCAAGUUGGAAUUUGGCCCAUAAUGCUCGAGAUGUUGCUGAAAUUGAUGGAGGUCAACUGAUACAGCUGAUACUAAAAAUAGAUUUACCAUUGCUCUUAAUUGUGAUAUAUUCUCUAUGUUCUAUUCCGAGUGUCAAAAUGACCUUACGUUUGUUUGAAAAUAUUUUUUGUGGAUUCUGUUGACAGGCCUGUUUUAAAAGUAAUGUUCUAUAUUGUGUCAUUAGCAAUUAACUGCUUGACAUAAGUAAUGCCUUAUUUAUUGUCAAACUAUUUGAAUUUUAGGUGUUAAAUUUAUCUACUGAAGUCUUUUUGGGAUAUCAUUGUGCCAUAUUGUUUUGUUUAUUUGACUGCAUUACAAAAAUGGCAAAGGCACAUUUUUUCCAGUUAUGAUUUCAUUAUUUUUGGUUUAAUUACUUGGAUCAAUCAAAAAAGAAAAGUGAACUUUUUAAAUGUAUUGCAUAUAAAUAUUUAUUCUUAUGUUCUUCAAGAGGUCUUGCUGGAAGGUACUGCGAAACAACAGGUCAUUGUGCCACUGAAAUACAUUGUCCUAGAAAUAUGACUUCAUAUUGUGUCAACUUGAAACAACUACUGUAACUGUAUGAGCUUGGUUGGAUGAGGAAUUCAGGUAAAAACACAGUCAGAAGCAUGCAGGUUAAAUGCAUGGUAUUCACCAUUUUGAAGGAGUUGGACAAUUAUUAUAAAAUUGUGUUAAAUUGUAAUCUGUUGUAAAUAAUAUUUUAGAUUUAACCAGUCCCCCGUCUCUCAAUGUAUGUGUUAAUGAUGCUCUUAUUUAAAAUUGUAUUAUAUGGUUCUAUUCAUCUAGAAGACAAACGUCAACACAUGUACAACAUGCUAUUUAUUCUAAAUUAAUUUAACUGCAUCUGUUAAGGUCACUGGUAACCAUGAGCUAAAAAAUGGUCUUGUCAGGUUGGAUGCCCCUUGAACUCCUUACAAUCUCUUUUUGUAAAAAGUAAGAAAUGAAUUAAAUUGAUGCUCCCCAACUUUUGUAUAAUUUCAGCCAAUAGUUUUGAAAGUGGUUCGCCCAAGCGAACCACUCAUCAUCCAAUUUUGUCAUCCAUUUUGUAUGUUGUUACAUUCUGAUUUUGUAUUUUUUGUUGUAAUUCAUAUAUGUUAUGAAUACAAUAUGUUACAAAAUUUGUUGUGCUUAAGAUCCUGGACUGCAUCUUUAAAGUAAAGUUCCUAAUGAAUUAUAUAGACGUGUAGUGUUAGUGAGAUACUUUUGGUCAUGUAGUGUAUGUGGAAACCUGUUUGUCGAACAUCUCAUUUCAAAAUCAUGGGCAUUAAUAUGGAGUUAGUCCCCCCCCCCCCCCCUUGCGGCUAUAACAGCAACCACUCUUCUUGGAAGGCUUUCCACUAGAUGUUGGAGCCAGUGGUGUAAAGUACUUUCAAGUAUUUUUACUUAAGUUGUUUUUUGGUGUAUCUGUACUUUACUAUUUAUAUUUUUGACAACUUUUACUUCACUACAUUCCUAAAGAAAAUAAUGUACUUUUUACUCGAUCCAUUUUCCCUGACACCCAAAAGUAGUCGUUACAUUUUGAAUGCUUAGCAGGACAGGAACAUGGUCCAAUUCACACACGUAUCAAUAGAACAUCCCUGGUCAUCCCUACUGCCUCUUAUCUGGCGGACUCGCUAAACACAAAUGCUUUGUUUGUAAAUUAUGUCUGCAUGUUGUACUGGGCCCCUGGCUAUCUGUACAUUUAAAAAAAUAUAUAUAUAAUAAUAAAAAAGAAAAAAAAGAAUUGUGCCAUCUGGUUUACUUAAUAUUAGCAAUUUGAAAUGAUUUAUACUUUUAAUUUUACUUUUGAUACUUAAGGACAUUUAAAACCAAGUACUUUUAGACUUACUCAAGUAGUAUUUUACUGGGUGACUUUUACUUGUCAUUUUCUAUUAACUUCUACUUCAUCACAAUCCCGGAUCCGGGAGCACCCCCAUCAGUAAAAAAGCUGACUAGCAUAGCAUAGCAUAGCGUCACAAGUAAAUACUAGCAUCUGAAUAUCAUUAAAUCACAAGUCCAAGACACCAGAUGAAAGAUACACAUCUUGUGAAUCAGGCCAUCAUUUCUGAUUUUUAAAAUGUUUUACAGGGAAGACACAAUAUGUAUUUCUAUUAGCUAACCACGAUAGCAAAAGACAACUUUUUUUUUUUUCACCAUUUUUUUCUUGCAUAGGUAGCUAUCACAAUUUCGACCAAAUAAAGAUAUAAAUAGUCUCUAACCAAGAAACAACUUCAUCAGAUGACAGUCUGAUAACAUAUGUAUUGUAUAGCAUAUGUUUUGUUAGAAAAAUGUGCAUAUUUCAGGUAUAAAUCAUAGUUUUACAUUGCAGCCACCAUCACAACUCUCACCAAAGCAACUAGAAUAACUACAGAGACCAACGUGAAUUACCUAAAUACUCAUCAUAAAACAUUUAUGAAAAAUACACAGCGUACAGCAAAUGAAAGACAAAGAUCUUGUGAAUCCAGCCAAUAUUUCAGAUUUUUUGUGUUUUACAGCGAAAACACAAUAUAGCAUUAUAUUAGCUUACUACAAUAGCCAACCACACAACAUCAUUGAUUUAAGCCAACAAUAGCGAUAACGAAUAAACCAGCAAAAGAUAUUAAUUUUUUCACUAACCUUCUCAAACUUCUUCAGAUGACAGUCCUAUAACAUCAUAUUACACAAUACAUAUAGAGUUUGUUCGAAAAUGUGCAUAUUUAGCGGCACAAAUCGUGGUUAUACAAUGAGAAUAGUAGCCAAGCUGCCAACAAAAUGUCGGGAGAAAUCUUGGGAGAGGCACCUAAUCUAAUCAGUAACUAAUCAUAAACUUGACUAAAAAAUACAGGUUGGACAGCAAAUGAAAGAUACAUUAGUUCUUAAUGCAACCGCUGUGUUAGAUUUUUUAAAUUAACGUUACUACGACAUACAGCGUGCGUUAAAGCGAGACCGCACCGAAAUUAAUGGCGGAAUAGUAGUUUUACAUUUUUCAACAGAACAACGAUUUAACAUCAUAAAUACUUCUUACUUUUUGAUGAGCUCCCAUCAGAAUCUUGGGCAAGUUGUCCUUUGUCCAGAGGAAUCGUUGCUCGGUUGUAGAUUGUCGCCUUCAACUUUGGAAUUAGCAGUAAACAUUAGCCAUGUGGCGAAGACGUGUCCAACUCACUAUAACGCAGCACUAAGAAAUAUCCGAAAAUCGCAAUAUACUGAUAUAAACUGAUAUAAUGUUGUUAUUUUAAACCGAGUUAUGAUGUCUUUAACACCUAUAUCGAAUAAAAUCAGAGCCGGAUAUAUCUAAGGCCUAUAACGGGAGCUUUCCAGAACGCAAUCCUGAGGUCUGUCUUGCGUCAUGGCGAAUGUUGAAAAGAUUGCACCCCACGUUCCAAGACCAUUUAUAUGGCCUCAGAUCUGCCUAGCAACUCCAUUCCAAUUCUCACUAUUUGCUGACAUCUAGGGGAAGGCGUAUGCAGUGCAUCUCGACCAAUAGAAGACAUGCAAAUUAAUAAACUGACCCCAGAACAGCCUGCCUGAUUUCAGAUUUCUCACUUCCUCACAGGAAAAUUGCUCCAACUUGAGUUCUGUUUUACUCACAUAUAUAAUUCAAACGGUUUUAGAAACUAGAGAGUGUUUUCUAUCCAAUAGUAAUAAUAAUAUGCAUAUUGUACAAGCAAGAUUUGAGUACGAGGCAGUUUAAUUUGGCGAACGAAAUUUUUACAAAGUGAAAACAGCACCCCCUAUUGAGAAAAGGUUUUAAGGUAUCUUUACUUUUACUCAAGUAUGGUAUUUGGAUACUUUUUCCACCACUGGUUGGAACAUUGCUGCCAUUCAGCCACGAGCAUGAGUGAGGUCAGGCACUGAUGUUGGGUGAUUAGGCCUGGCUCGUUCCAAUUUAUCUCAAAGGUGUUUGAUGGGGUUGAGGUCAGAGCUCUGUGCAGGCCAGUCAAGUUCUUUCACACUGAUCUCGACAAACCAUUUCUUUCCACUGCUCCAGACUCCAAUGGUGGUGAUCUUUACACCUCUCCAGCCAAUGCUUAGCAUUGCACAUGGUGAUCUUAAGCUUGUGUGCAGCUGCUCUGCCAUGAAAACCCAUUUCAUGAAGCUCCUGACGAACAGUUAUUGUGCUGAUGUUGCUUCCAGAGGCAGUUUGGAACUCAGUAGUGACUGUUGCAACAGAGGACACCAUUUUUUCACUCUUCAGCACUCAGCGGUCCAUUUCUGUGAGCUUGUGUGGCCUAUAACAUUGCGUUGUUACUCCUAGACGUUGCCACUUAACAAUAACAGCACUUACAGUUGACCAGGGCAGAAAUUUGACAAACUGACUUGUUGGAAUGGUGGCAUCCUAUGACCGUGCCACGUUGAAAGUCACUGAGCUCUUCAGUAAGGCCAUUCUACUGCCAAUAUUUGUCUAUUGAGAUUGCAUGGCUGUGUGCUUGAUUUUAUAUGCCUGUCAGCAAUGGGUGUGGCUGAAAUAUACGAAUCCACUAAUUUGAAGGGGUGUCCACAUACUUUUGUAUAUAUAAUGUUGAUAGGUAUCCUCAAACUGAUUUUGGUGAAGAUGUUUUGGUUUUUCUUUGUAUUUCAUUUUCCCUGCACAUGUACUCUGAUGCUGGAUUGUUAUAAUUUAUUAAACCCUGGUGUUGGUCCUUGUUUAUUUUUUUUUUUAUGUAGUAUUUAGACUACAAUAGCAUGUAUUAUACCACUGUUGUGCAAAUAAAUAAACUAAAGCAGCCUUAAAUUA